GGACCUCCAGGGGCUCCUCCCGCUUCACUCAGGCUCGGAAAUCCCGUCCCCGCUGCGACGCGCAGCCUCCGGCGCUGGAGGCCCCAUGCACCACCCACUCGUCCCUCCUGCCCUGCUCCUAAUCCUUGGCACCCGCCGCCCUCAGCUUCCCUCUCUAUAGUUGUGUAUCUCAUGACUGUUAGAGAAAUAAGGUCUUGCAUGGUGUGCAGCACUGAUCAUUUGAAAGUGAUUAUGUAUGCUGAGAUUAGAUUUUGCCCCCCAGGAUUUCCUGGCGGUCCACACAUGGUGUUACCCCCUCCUUUUCUGUGCUGAGUAAUAUUCCAGGAAGAGGCUUCGUGCUGGGGUCUGGCCAGUCACCCUGAGAGAGGUGUCGUCAUAGUUUCCUGUUGCACAAAAUAUAUGCACUGCUAUGAAUAUCCAUGUUCCUAGAUGAAAAUAGCUCAUUUCUCUGGAGCACCAUUAGAUGAUGGAUUAGUCAAUUUUCCAGAGAAAGGGAGCGAGCUGGGGGAGGAGGCGUCUAUGUGCAGGGCCUGGCUCGCCCCCGAGGGAGCUGGAGUUCAAGUCUGCACUUCAGAGCAGGAGGCGGGUGAGGCCGAAGCCAUGUUCAGACUUGGUCCAAAGGCCAUGCUGAGGCUGGACUCCUUCCUGCUGGGGACCUCAGUCUCCUCCCAGCCCUCAGCUACGAGGGAGGGGAAGGAAAUCUGCUUUACCCACAGUCACCUGACUGCAUGUUAUCACUUCUUUAAGUCUCCACAGCAGCACUGAAACUGUGGUUGACCCAGUAACUGGUGCGCUGACGCGUACCAUUAAACACCUAUGUGGCAAGCUGAUCUGAGAUUUGAAAGCAGUCAGCACACCGCCUUCCACAGGGGCUGUGUCAGGGACAUACCUUGAUGUCCCCGCAGCCAUCUUGCACGCAGCUGCCAUUUUGUUUGUGGGUGACCCAGCCAGCAUGCCACACCCCAAGGGUAAAAGUCAGUAGUGGCUGAGAGGGGUGUGCCUGCCAUGGACACCCAGUCUCUCUCCCCAGCCCUGGUCCUUUAUAUUUUUUACUUUGAGACAAGUUCUGCUCAGUCUGUAAGCUGUUCAUGAUGGGUGCAAACCUGCGCUCUUCCUGCCCCAGGCUCCCACAGUUGCCCUGCACCUGGCCCAGACUGUGUAGUAACCGAUGCUGGACCUGGAGCCCAUUCUGGGAGAGCGCAGGACAUCCCAGCUAGUGAGGCCACCUUACUCUGCAGAGCAGAGCCCCUCCUGUCCCGCUGCCGCCAGGACACUCGCCCCUCAAGCCCCGCAGGCCCGGGUCUGCCUCAGGCGGGCGGGCGGCCGUCCUCACACUGUUGCUGAAGCACUGCCACUUAUGUGCCCACAGCAGGGGAGGGACCAGCCGUCUCUGCAGCCUCCCGCAGCCACCACCACACAGCCGAAUGUCUGUGCGCUCCUCUUGGCCGCUGUGCCGCGAACGCCUGUCCUGUGUACCUGCCGCGCUCAGACCUCUGGGGAGAGAGCCGAGUCUUGCUCGAGGGCCGUGUUCGUGUUCAGAGGCAGCCCCACCUCGGGGCUGCUAUCGCUUCCUGUUACCAGUUCGCACCCAAGUUAUGAUCCACAAGAUCGCAUGCCUCCAGAUCUGCUCAAGCCUUUGGUUCCAGUGAGCACCGCUGUUAAAGUUCGCUUAGCUCUUCUCACGGUUGUAAGACCUGACCACAGAUUACCCAAGUCCUCUUCCGUGAAAGGGCAAGGCCUGGAGGCCUGGACUUUGCUCCUGGCCUCUAGUGCAGCCUAUUUCAGAAGUGCCCUGGGACACGGCCAUAAAAGGUUUUAAAACAGGGUAUUGCUGUCAUUCACUUGCCCGGCUUGGACUGGAAUUUGCAAUCCUCCCGUCUCGGCCUCCCUGAGUGCUGGGAUUGCAGGUGGGCACCUCUGCACCCAGCCAUUUUUUCCUUCGGUCAUCCUGGGAUUUGUCAGUGUGCCUGGACUGACUCUUCUACACAAUCCAAAACCCUUCACAGGAUGGGUCUGCGUGUGCCUCCUGUCCUCGGGUCCUGUGCGUCCAGCCCUCGGCUAUGCUUGGCAAUCCCCUGACCGCCCUCUUCCAAUCCCUAACUCUCUUGUCAGCUGCGCUCCACUUUUCCAUGUCAUAUUUAUUCCACUUAUCGAACACGUCAUUCCAAUUACGUUAUUUUUGUUUCUAGAAGUUCAACUCGAUCCUUUUUCUUACGUGACUGGCAGUCUUUAUACCUCCACGGGUUCUACUGCUCCAUGGAACACGAGGACCAUUCCUCAUUCCUGUUCUCAAGAACCUGCUUUAUUUCCUUAGGUACAGGUUCCUAUGUCCUGGGGCCGCUCCUGGCCCAGCCACCUGCAGAGCCCGCUGCUCCUGCGGUCUUUUCUUACCCGGGAUGCUCACAUCCUGGCUUUUGCCCCACACCAAACCCUCCAGGGCGGUGAAGUCAGGCGUCACUAGAGCCACAUGUCCCCACCAGGGACACUGAGCUGGGUUCCCAGGCAUUUCUGGUGGUCAGGCUAAGGGUGCCCGAGGACUGCCAUUGGGAGUCCAGAGACACUGCCCACAUCCCCCAGCAAUAAGACAGCCUGGGGUGGACACCCCCAGGUGUCCCAGAGAGCAUGCAGGGGCCUCAGCCCGCCUGAGCCCUCCAGCUGGGAUUCUGCGUUCUCCAUCAGGGCGCUCAGGGCCACACUGGCGGCCUGCAGCCAGGGUGCACACCGGGGGACACAUGUGUGUGUUUGUGUGUGUGUGUGCGCGCGCGCGUGUGUGUGACUAGGGACUGAAUAUAGCACCUUCAGUGACCUAUAUUGCCAGCCCUUACUUUUUAAAUUUUGAGACAGUUUUGCUAAGUUGCCCAGAUUGGGCUUGAACUUGCAAUCCUCCUGCUUCAGCCUCCUGUAGUGCUGGAAUCACACAUGCACCACCACACAUGACACACUUCCCUCACUCUGCAUGAAACGCCAGCCAAGUGGGGCUGUACUCUCAAGUCACUGCUGCCCCAUCAGUUUGUGCCAUCUGCUCUUCAGCUGAAGGUCCAGUGUCGCCUGGAGGUCUCAGGAAUGUCACCCUGGGGCAGACCCUCUAGGCCUGGAGGGUGCCGCGCAUGAGAAACAAGCCGGCCACCUGGGCGCUACUCAGCAGUGCACAGGGCCCUAUCCGGGGAGUGGCCAUAGAGCUGGCGGGCAGGGUGCAGAGGGAUUGAGGCGUGUUGUGGGCACAGGGCGGGCAGCGGCUUGGUGCAGUCUUCUGAGGCGGGACCCCCUACAUGCCAUCUGCCCUGACAGAGGAGCCUGGAGGACACAGUCAGCCCUCGGCACUGGAAACAUCGCAGCUGUCUGCAGAGCCUGAAGGGCCAGUCGGUGGCCCCAGACCUGGUGGGCAGAGGGGACGCUGUCCCAGGGAGGGAGAUGCAGGGACUAGCCUGCGUGGACCUGGCGGAUGGGGAGGCCCUGGUGCACCUACCAGGCUGGGGCGCCCUGCAGCCCAGGACAGCAGGGAGCUGGGCUCCGCUCAGUUAUGCAUGACUCUGAGAAUUCAAAACCAGAAAGCAUAGGUACAAUUGGAAAAUGUAGCCGGGCAUGGUGGCGUAUGCCUGUAAUCCCAGCACUGGGGAGGCUGAGGCAAGAGGAUCAUUGUGAGUUUGA